GUUGAUUAUAAAUCAGAUGACCGUGCAUACGGAUUUGUGUCAAAGUCUGCUGGCGGUUUUGUUUAUGGAGAAAGGAAAAGGAAAGCAAACAGAUGUUUAAUCUCUUUGAACAGAAUAGUGAUUUUCUUCGUGCCUGACAUAUACGCUGAGUUGGACAAGGAUGUACCCAACCUCCUGCGACACAUUUGUGGCUUUGCCUCCAUCUACAGAGGGUCAGGAGCGGAUCAUCUUCGGGAAGAACUCGGACAGGCCCUGCGAUGAAGUUCAAGAGGUCGUCUACUACCCUGCAAAGAAACAUGACCCAGGAGACAAAGUUGAGUGUACAUAUAUAGAAAUAGAGCAGGUGUCUCAGACGAAUGCAGUGGUGCUGAGUCGCCCCGCCUGGCUGUGGGGGGCGGAGAUGGGGGCGAACCAGCAUCAGGUGUGCAUCGGGAAUGAGGCGGUCUGGGGGAAGGAGAGUGCGGAGGGUGAAGAGGCUCUUCUGGGGAUGGAUCUCGUCAGGCUGGCUCUGGAGAGGGCCAACACUGCUGAGCGGGCGGUAGAUGUGAUAACAGAGCUGCUGGAAAAAUACGGCCAGGGCGGGAAUUGUAUGGAGGACGAGUGUGGAUUCACAUACCAUAACAGCUUCCUCAUAUCAGACCGGACUGAGGCAUGGGUGCUGGAGACUGCUGGGAAAUACUGGGCCGCAGAGAGAGUGGAGACCGGCUAUCGAAACAUCUCCAAUCAGUACUCCAUUACUACUAAGAUUGAUAGGGAGCACCCGGAGUUGAGGACGUAUGCACAAGAGCAGAGCUGGUGGGAUGGAAAGGCUCAGUUCAGCUUUGCCGAGGUUUACUCCUACUCAGCCACAGCCCGAAUCGAGGCCGCAGGGGGACGAUACUGUGAGGGACGCAAACUUCUGCAGAAGAGUGAAGGCCACAUCACAGCAGAGACAAUGAUGGCUAUUUUGAGGAAUAAGGAAAGCGGGAUCAACAUGGAGGGAAUGUUCAUGACCACAGGAAGUAUGGUGUCAGUCGUCCCCAAAGACCCAGAUUUACCUGGUGUCCACUUCUUCACGGCCACUCCAGACCCUGAACGGUCUGUCUUUAAGCCGUUUAUAUUUGUAUUAGACAUAAAGCAGCUGAAGGACACAUGUUCUCCAUGUUUUGGAGAGGAGGAUCCCGUGAAGAAGAAACCCCGUUUCCAGAGCAAACCGAACCGCAAACACCCUCUGUUCCUGAAGCACGAGGGGAUCGCCGCCAUCAUCGACAGCACCAUGGAGAGUGGACAGAAGAUUGAACAGAAUAUGAGAGAUCUGGAGACGAGGAAGUUGGCAGAGAUGGAGAAAUAUCUAACCGAGGGGAUUGAGGAUUCAACACUGCUGGUUCAUCUCUUUACAGAAACUGUAGCUGAGGAGCUUAAAAUUUACAGUAACGUCUGAAACUUAGUUUAGAAUUGAAUUUUUUUUUUUUGAAUGGGAUUAUUGGAUGUUUCUUCAACUAUAGGCACUUUUGGGACCUGUAGAUCCUAGUAAAACACACUUUUUACACUGU